AAGUACAACCAAAAAGGAUUAUUCAACAACUUCGUCAGUGUUCAGUGUUCUGUUCCAGGGUGACCAGGGUAAGGGCCACCUGCUUCUGUAGAAAUACAAGACACUAGCACAAGUAAAAUCCAGAGGGCCCAACUCCCAAUCGCUCCCCGUUCUUCUCCAGGAGUACAUGCCCCCAAGGGAGGUGUGCAAUAAGCUGGUCCAGUUGUACCUACGAACAUCUAAGUCGGUGUUCCAGGUGCUGCACGUUCCCUGUUUCCAGCAUGACUAUCUUCAGUACUAGAGCAACCCGCAGUCGGCUAGCGAGUCACUCGUUAUACAGUUGCUUCUCGUCAUAGCUAUCAGAACCUGCUUCUACCAAGAUGUCGUCGCCGCCGAUGGCGCCACCACCCUGCGCUGCCAGGCAACGUACUAGAUCUAUGCUUGCCAUGUGCGUCUCGCGUCCCCUUUUCAGAAGAAACACUUAAGCCUACGCCGCGUGCAGUCACAAUGCCUACUGGUCAUCGCGUUGCUGACCAACACAGACGUUGUCGGCGGAGAUCUGGCCAGCAUCAGCGUAGCGUCCCUCGUGCAGAGCACCAUGGCCGUGGGCUUACACAUCACGCUCAGCCAGCUGCCCGUCAACUCGUUGGAGGCCGAGGUCCGCCGACGGCACUGGGGCACUGGGCCACCAUCCUUGAGCUGGUGGUUCAAUGCAGUCUGGACUCGGGCACUCAUCCCGUCAUCGCGGCUGAGGCCCUGAACUGCAAGUUUCCCUCCAACCUCAACGACUCCCAAAUCAGCGACUCAACUAAGACACUGCCCACGGGUCACCCAACAGGCACAUUUACGCAGAGCUCCAUCCAACACGUCUUGUUAAGGUCCCUGCCCAUUCGGCUUCGAAUAGCCGAGCUCCUGGGCCAGUACCAGGGCGAGAUUCCCUACGACACGACCCUACGCCUAGGAGCCGAGCUCACCGCGGCCUGUCGCGAGAACUCCAAUCUAAUCGAUUCGUUUUUUCGUCACCGUCAAACGGCAACAGCCCACCGAUCAGGGCGUUCCAGAUCAAGAUACAGGACCUCCUAGUGAGGCGAUUCCUCCUGCUAUUCCACGCCUAGUUCGCGCACAAGGCCGCCAGCAACGUUGCCUACCACUUCUCGCGAACAGUAUGCCAGAAGUACGCCCUGCCGCUGCUGUCG